CUGGCAUUAAUGAUUUCAUAGUUCUUGUUCUUGUUAUUUCUUGUAGGACAGAUGUGGGAUCUUCAACUUUGAAUUUAUAAUCAUAAUUCUAUAUGGAUUGAACCUUCAAAAGCCCAAUAUUUAAACUGCCCUGGUGUUUUAGAGUACAUUUUAGGGGAUUAAUUUGAUUUCCAAGUUAUGGGUCAAAAUUAAAAUCUGGGUAUAUAAAUUUGCGGGAAAAGGUUUUUGUUUUUUAGCUAAGAAAGUUGUGUGGAUAUGGGAUCAAGAGUAGAGAGACAUCAGCAUCAGCAGCAUGAUCUUGUGCCAUUAGCUGCAUUGAUUAGUAGAGAGAUGAGAAAUGAGAAGAUGGAAAAACCAACUGUUCGGUAUGGAUAUGCAGCUCAAUCGAGAAAAGGCGAAGAUUUUUUCAUGAUGAAAACAGAUUGCCAGAGAGUUUCUGGUCAGCAAUCUUCAAACUUUUCUGUUUUUGGGAUAUUUGAUGGUCACAAUGGGAAUGCUGCAGCAGUUUAUUCAAGGGAUAAUCUAUUAAACCAUAUUUUGAGUGCAAUUCCUCGUGGUCUUGGACGUGACGAGUGGCUUCAAGCAUUACCAAGGGCAUUAGUUGCAGGUUUUGUUAAGACGGACAAGGAGUUCCAGAGCAAAGGUCAAACUUCUGGAACAACGGCUACAUUUGUAAUUGUUGAUAGAUGGACGGUGACGGUUGCAUCGGUUGGAGAUUCUCGUUGUAUUCUUGAUACACAAGGUGGUGAUGUGUCUGUAUUGACGGUUGAUCAUAGGCUUGAAGAGAACCAAGAGGAAAGAGAACGGGUAACGGCUAGUGGAGGGGAAGUUGGGCGGCUCAGUAUCAUGGGUGGUGCUGAGAUUGGUCCACUUCGUUGUUGGCCAGGAGGGUUAUGUCUUUCUAGAUCAAUCGGGGACAUGGAUGUUGGAGAGUUUAUAGUUCCCAUUCCAUAUGUAAAGCAAGUGAAGUUAUCAGAUGCUGGUGGAAGGCUUAUAAUCGCAUCUGAUGGCAUUUGGGAUGCCGUGUCAUCCGAGAUGGCUGCAAAAUCUUGUCGUGGCUUGCCUGCUGAACUUGCUGCUAGGCAAGUAGUUAAGGAAGCAUUGCGAACAAGGGGAUUGAGGGAUGAUACAACCUGCAUAGUUGUGGACAUAAUUCCUCCAGAUACUGCAAUGUCACCACCAUCACCACCACCUAAAAAGCAAAGCAAGCUUAGAUCUUUCUUUUUCAGAAUAAAAUCUCUUGCUUCCGAUAGUAAACUGUCAAAAAAACUAUCUGCUGUUGGCGUCGUUGAGGAACUUUUUGAAGAAGGUUCAGCCAUGCUUGCAGAAAGAUUGGGGAAUGACGAGACCAUUGGUUCACAGACAUCUGGUCUUUUCAUGUGUGCUGUUUGUCAAGUUGACCUAGCAGCAAGUGAAGGCAUAUCAGUUCAUGCUGGUUCCAUCUUUUCUACAAGCUCAAAACCUUGGCAAGGUCCUUUUCUGUGUGCUGGUUGUCGUAACAAGAAAGAUGCCAUGGAGGGAAAACGGCCCAGUGGAGUCAAAGUCGCUUAACACCCAUAAUUUUCCCCCAAUUAACCCUCAACUGACCCCUUAUUCAUUGAGCUAAAGAUUUCAUUUGAAUGUAGAGGAGGUUUGACUAGGUUAUGUAUAUGUGGUAAGUGCGAAAUAAGGUUGUAAUGAGGUGUAGCAUAUGAUAGGAUGAGAAUGUAGGCUCUGAGAUCGCUUAUUAUUUCAAUUCUUAUAGUUAAGAAUAAAUAAGUUAGGGCUAAUACCCCUACUAAUUCCAUGGUCUUUUAAUGUACUGUUGUUUUCAGUUAAUGUUAAAUAUUAUGUACAGUAGUUUGUAUAA